AUGGAGUUUUUUGUCUUUGGUUUCUACUCCAUGCAUAAACAAUCGGAAAUAUUGCCAAACAAGUUGAUUCGAGUUCUCUUUAUUGUCUUAGGCCUGCUUAAGAUAUCAAUUCAGAAUCCGAACGCCUAUAAUCCGCGCUUAGAAGAGCCCAAGGGCGAUAGUUUUACUCUCGGCAAUGGUCUUAAAUAUCUUGUCAUCGCUCAACAAAAUAGCCCAACCACCCACGUUAGUAUCUCUAUCAAGAAAUGCCACUAUACUACAUCGAAUAGAGAUAAGAAUCUCAGCCGCCUUUUAGAAGAACUUCUCAAACAUAAGAUAAAGCCCGAAAACAACAAAAACAACCAGAAAUGGGAAGCAUUCCUAUCCAAACCCAAAACCUGCAAGAUUAUUAGUAGCGCUAACUUCAUCACUAUCGAGUUCUUCUUAGACAAUCCCACUAAUCCAAUCCCCUUUGAACUCUUACGGUCAGUGAUUGUUUCCCAACCCACACCAGAGAUAAUUGCCCAAGCCAAAAAACAGUGUCUUUCAAACUCUCAGCUUAAUUCACUUAAGUCUCUUCCUUCUGAUACCAAAAUCAUUGAGGAAUGGAACAAGACAUUCUGUUUCCCAAAUAUCCGCCUUGCAGUAGUUACUCCCAGUAAUCGACCCGAAAUACUCGGUCUUCUACACCAAUGCUUCCCUACCUACCACAAAGACCUCGAUCAGAAAGAAGAAUUGCGUCCCAUAAUGUACCAACGUGAUGAUAUAACACCCUAUCAUUUGGCUAAUCCGCCCCAAGUAGUGAUGUACCCUAAACAGGAAUGUUAUUUCAGUCCAUCUGAAAAAACAACAAUUACUCUUAUUGUUCCACUGAUUGAUGCCAUCAGAGCCAACAAUAUGCAAUCACUAUCCGACUUAUAUCAUCUACUCCACUGCAGCAACAAAAUAUAUACUGAUUACCAUCUAACUCACUCUAGCAAUGCCAUCCACAUCAAAAACAUCUCUUUAACCUCUCUCGAAACCAUGCUAGGCAUUGAAAUAACCAUGGAAGUAGAUGAUGCAGCUAAUAUCCAGAAUUUCGAGGCUCUAGAUCUAGUGGAAGGUUUCUUUCGGGCGAUCAAGGCGUCUUACAAACAGCCAGACUCAGUUUUACACCAGUCUUACAAAGAGCGUAUGGCCUCUAUUCCAGAGACAACCCCAAGCAUAGUAUUAGACGCCCUUGCCAAUUUAGCCUCAAUCCAGAUGUUCUUUAUUGCCCAGGGGGAAAUCGUCGAUUUUGUCUUUGCGGAGACACCGUAUCCCGGCGAGAUUGCUAAUCUGGACGACCUGCUUGAUAUCGCAAUGAAUCGAGAGAAUUGGUAUGUUAGCGGCAAACUCAACCAGGCCCAUUGGUGGCAACUAACAGGGAAGUUGGCAAAUAUCUCAUUAGUACGGCCAAUACCCAAAGCAACCAAGCAGACCGAGCAAACCAAAAACAUUAUAUGUUUAGGCACAUCCGAAGUCCAGCAGGACCCACCUCAUGCCACCUUAGCCAAUCAACAAGUCAGUAGCACUGAUCUGAAUGAGGAAAUGUCUCCCUCCGUUUUAAAUGAUUCGACUAGAGAACUAAAUGAACCGUCGGAACUCGCCAAACCAGCCCAUCUAGAUACUCCCGAUAAUCAGCAACAAGUAGAUUGGAAUGUGGUUCUAAAUGAUAAGGAGACAGAGCUGCUUUUUAAGUUCAUACAACGGUAUACUUCUGAAGACACAGAAAGCAAUGUGUCCAACAACCCGCAAGAACUGCUUAGGAUCCAUAAAAGCCCUAGCUCAGAUAAGUAUGAGCUGUCUAGUCUUGGAGACGACGAGUUUGUGUGCUGUCUAGACACGGAGUGGUCAACGGAUAAUUUGGAAAUACUUCUGACGGCUUUGAAUAAGUUUAGUAAGAUCAGACAGAGUGUGAGCAAUAUCCGGAUUUUGAAGGUCGACCAUGCCAAUUGCUUCCUUAUCCUAUCUAAAUAUCUAUCAUUGCUUGAACUCCCCCCGAGCCAGCCCAACACACACAUCUAUCUAAAUCUGUUCAAUGAAGAUCCUGCAAAUUGCAUGCCCUGGACCACGAACAAAGUCCUACAAGAAACAUUCCGAUCCAACAUCCAAUCAAUUGAUAAGCCGAAAUAUUCCAUUCAUGUGACUCUCCUAUACCUCACCGCAUCUAUUCAAGAGAUCAUUUCCCCUCUACUAGCCCAUUUCAAAGUAAGCCUGUUGAACCUCUAUACACCUCUAACGACUGAGAUAAACUUCCUCGACAACAUAACCUGGGCCUCGUCCUAUUCUCUUUUCAUAGAUAUUCAACAGCCCAAUACUACCGUUACCUUACCCUCCAUUGCCGCACCCUCUAAUCGCGGCCCGGGCACGGAUGUCCAGGACGUUAAAAACCGAUUGUCCUGGCGCCAGAUAUCCAUUCUGACCGUGAAUCUUAGCGGCACAAACCUAAAGCCCCAAAACAUCACAGUUCUUAACCUCGAUGAUUAUCUGGCCUCUAAAAGUGCUUCAUCUGGAUUCGAUCCGACACUAAGUCUUUCUUAUGACGUUCUA